AUGGAUUCUACACUUUCGUUGAAGCCCAGAGGAAAAGGGAAAGGAUCAAAGGGAGCUUCCUCUUCCAAUGACAAAUCCAAGUUGCAGCUCCUCAAGGAAUGGAGCAACUGGUCUCUCAAGAAGGCCAAAGUCGCCACUCACUACGGAUUCAUUCCUCUCAUCAUCAUCAUCGGCAUGAACUCCGAUCCAAAGCCCCAUCUCUUCCAGCUCCUUAGCCCUGUCUGAUCCUCCAAUUUCGGAACGAGAUCGAUCCCGUCUCCUCCGGUUUGGCUUCAUACGCGUAGUCUUGGAUUCGCUGAAUCUUCUUUUAUGUUUUCAGAAUCUGUGGUUGUAUGGAAUCAGUUAACUUGUGAAAUCGAAUUCAUCUCUGUUUGCGUUUGGUUAUACAAAUUGAAUCAGUAGUUAAUGAUCAAA